AUGAUAAAACGCCAUUCUAUCACCUCUCUUAUUUCUGGUAAUGGUGAUUUAUACUACAAUAGUCGACCAGGUUCCAUUUUAUAUUCAACAACCACUUCUCAACCUGAUUCACCACGGAUUCUUUUUAUGAAAGAUGGACAAUUAUGGGAUGAUAAUAAUGAAGAUGUAGAUGAUUAUUUUUUGGACAACAAUAACAAUAAUUCUCAACAAUAUGAUCUUUUGCCAACUCAUUUACAUCGAUGGACAUUAAAACAUGAUUUAUUGAAAUUAGCUUUGAAUGGCUGCGGUGAUGGAACUUGGUGUAUUGAUGUGGCCAUGGCCAAUCCAAAAUGGACUGUGAUUGGGAUGGAAGAGAACGGAUAUGAUCAUUAUAUGACAACAGCAAAUGAAUCUGACGAUACAACUUGUUUUGGUAGUCUUAGUCAUGGCAAUGGAUUAUUCAAACCAAGAAAUAUGCGAUUGAUACGAUGUGCACCUUCAUUGCUGCAUGCCUUACAACAAAUGCCAGAUCACGUGUUUGAUCUUGUGGAUGGACGUUGCUUGAUAUUAGGUUAUUCUUUUGAAACUUAUCGUCAAUUGAUAAAAGAAUGUUGGAGAGUAUGCAAGAUUGGAGGUUAUGUCGAAUUAAUUGAAAUGGAUAUGCGUAUGUACCAUAGUAAAAUACCAAAAACGAUGGGAAAAACAAUUCAAACUUUGAAUUCUGAAGUGAUUCAUAUGAUGGAAUCUCGAUCAUUGGACCCCCGAUUGGCAAGACGUUUACCGGAUAUAUUGGAAGAGAUCAUUAUGGAAUCUAUUUCUACUUCCUCCACCACUUCAUCCACAUCAUCAAAUGCAGUACAUAUAACAUCUGCAAAAUACACGUCUUUACCUAUUGGUGUUUGGGGAGGUCGUCUUGGUGUCAUGUUUCGUGAAGAUCUACAUACUUUAAUGGAAUCAGUCCAAGUCUGGAUAUCUCAAUACAAGGAAAGUGAUUGUCGAUCAGAUCAAGAUUUGGAAAAGGAAUUGGAUCAAAUGGAUAAUGAAAUGGAACUACAACGGUCAUUUAUGAAUUUACAUCAUUGUUAUGCUCAAAAAACCUGUUGA